GUUAUUUCACUUUUAAAGGGCAGGUAUACUGUAUAUAAAAGAGAUGUUACAGUCAUAGAUAUAGCUUCGUCGGGAAGAAACUUUUCAGAGAUUUUCCAGAAGUAAACUUUUGUUGCGAAGAGAUCACUCAUCACAAUGACCACUGCUGGUUCAUGUACAGUCAUAGAUGGAAGUGAUUCCUCAUGGGGUCGUAGCACGUACAAGCUUUAUUCUACGAAUAAAGAUCCAGAAGAUCAUUACUUGCAUUUCGAUGGCAAAUCCAAUUCGUUGAAAGCAGAUGGGGACGGCAUGAACAACGGUGAGAAAAAAUAAUAAUAUGGUGUUAGGAAGAUUGCUCGUCAAAGAUAUCAUCCUCUAUCCUUCGGUUUGCGAGAAUAUUCGCGUAAGAAUUUAUAGGUCUGGUUAAACAAGGGUAGGCAUGUCUUAAGUCCCGGUUGAUGUCCUUUGAAAGCAAUUUAUUGUUAGUCAAUGAAACGGUAUAUUAUUACCAUUAUUACUAUUGCUGUUUUCAUCAUCAUUAUCUUAAUUUUUUUGGUGUCAUUCAUAUUAUCAUUAUUGUGUCAUCAGUAGUUCGUAUAACAACAUCCUCUAUUUGGGGCCAAAAUAUGCACGGAUAUUUGUCCACGGACAUUACCUGUUCUAAGAUGCGAACAGUUUUCUGAGAGCGGAGCUGUUGACUGUUCGCUGGUACGACUUAAUGAACAAAAAAAUAUAUCCCUCCUUAUGUAACAACCACAAAACGCUCUCUCAGAUCUUGAAUUAAAUUUUAAACGAAGACUUAUCGUGGUGGACGAAAGGUUUGAAAAAUUGGAGAAUAUCACGUGGGCGGUGGAAUAUUCGGUCAUGGGAUUCGUUUAGACCAUUCGCGCACGAGCAAAAUAUUUAAUGGAGCAUAAGUAUUGUUAAUGUUAUCACAAUCAUUAUUAUUACCAUUAUCAUCAUUUUUAAUAUUAUCAUUAAGACUAGGUUUAUCCAUAUUAUUCAUAGCGGCUAACGAAAGUGUAUUCCUGGGUCUUCAACUUUUUCGAGUGAAUUAAAGCCGCACUGUUGCAAUAUUUUGUGAAUCGUCAACGAAUGUUUGAAUCAUGAAGGGCAAGAAGAGAAUAUUAUUAUCAGACUAGGUUUAUCCAUAUUAUUCAUAGCGGCUAACGAAAGUGUAUUCCUCGGUCGUCAACUUUAUCGAGUGAAUUUAAGUCGCACUGUUGCAAUAUUUUGUGAAUCGUCAACAAAUGUUUGAAUCAUGAAGGGAAAGAAGAGAAUAUCAGUUGUUGAUUUUCUCUUGAGGGCAUUUAAUAUUUCAUUCACUCUGACGGCUCUUUAUCCGUUCUUUUAUAGCUAAAUUUAAAAUCCACAAAACCGUGGACAACCAGGAAGAAACAAUUGUUAUUCUGGAGCACAAAGAAUCUGGAAAAGUUAUGGCCAUUAACACACAGAAUGACAAAGUCACUCUAGAGGUGCGUGACUAAAACCAUUUCAGUCGGCUAGAUAUUUAAUCAUCUUUGGUCAUUGAUCAAAGAACUUUUAAACUUUGUGGUGAAAUAAAUUCGUUUGUCUCUCGAUGAAGUCCAUUGCGAUGUGGAUCGCGAUGUUUUGACGGCAUACUGCUAGUCCUCUUCAGGCGAUGGAUAAGGUGACGCCUGUCCAGUCGCUCAUCAAACGACUUAAUUAUGAAACGACUUAAUUAUGAGGCAAACGAUUAUGAUUCACCGCAAGUACGACGAAUAACCGUAAGCUUCCCUACAAUUUCAACUCUUUAAAUGAAUAAGGAGGCUAAAACUUACAUAUCAUAAUUAUCAUCUGUUUUGCCUGUGCGUGCCAAUCGUCCAAUUGCCCGGAGAGUUAACAUUUACACUCAAUAUCAAAUCAUUAUCUGGAUCUAUCGCUUAUAUGCAUGAUACAAUACAGAUUGAGUUACAGCUUUGAUUUUGGCCUAAUUUUUGUCUAUUCUGAUAGGAUCCGCCAGUGUCUCUAAGUCAGCUCACUAACGGGGGCAUAGACAUGUCCCAUCCGGAAAUUCUGUUUCACAAGAAAUGGUGGAGACCUGGUCGUGAAUGGUUUUACUUGAAGUCACUUCUGGAUGGUCCAGACCGCUUCGUUAAAUUUGAGAAUGACGGCACGCCAACGGGUACUACUGAUAUAACGAAAGCAAGUCUCUUCAGGGCAGACUGCGUUGAAAAUUCCAGUUAGGUGCUGUCAACUUUUCUCAACUUUGAACACAAUUUUUAUGUUAAAUUUAUUUUAAAUCAGAAACGUCCCUUGCACCUAGUAACAAAAUGUUUAUGCAGGAAACGCAUGCUAGAUAAUUGGCGA